CUACGUGUUACAAAAAAACGAAAGUGAAAGCAGUAUUGUUAGCUGCUCAGGAAAUAUCUGCACGAUUGGACCUGGUUCUGAAGGGUAUUAUAGAGUAAAGUACUGGUGUGAAGAUUGAGAAAUAAUAAAGGAAUUGAAACAACCAUGAGCGGCAGAAUGAUCAGUUAUUUCACAGUUGUGGCCGGACGAAAAAUAGCAGUUGAGAAGAACAUUAGAACAACUCUACAUCAGAAUGUACCAUGUCUGAAGGAGGUGUCUACAGAGGAGGAGUCCGAUAUCAUUCUGCUUUUCUGUCCUGUUGCAUCACGUGUUGAGAAUGAUGUUAAUGCAGCACUGCAAAAUAUUUGUUAUAUUUCAGACACCAAGACUGUCCUUCUAUUUGUGCUCCAUCACACAUUUAAUCCAGAGAGCUCUGUAUUAGACAGCAGCAGAUUUAUAACCAGAGGAAAUACAAUCACAGUAGACGUCCUGUUCCAAGAGGACAAAGGAUUAUUAAAAUGUCACAGAAACGAGGAGGCUUUACUAAAGAUCACAGAGUGGCUGAAGUUCAAGGAGAAAGAAAGCCCUGAAGAAGAAAUAAAAAGAUUGAAACAAGAAGUUAUAAGACUCAGAAGAGAGUUAACAAAUAAGGAAAAAAAUGCAGUCUUACAGACACUGCAGGAUAUGAAGACUAAACUUGAAAAAAUCACAACUCUUCAGGAGGAUCAUAACACAAAGCACACAAGAGAUAAACAAGCGUUUGAAGAUAUUUCACAAGAAUUAAAAGACAACACUCAGUGUGUGAUAAAGCUUCAAACUGAGGUCAAGACUUUGCAAAGACACAUAUUUUCACAGACAUCUGUACAAGAAUCCAGCUUUCAAUUAAGAAGAACAAACAGUGUAGAAGCACUUCCUCCACGUAUGAGUGAGGAAGAUAAUGCAGAUGUUAUGAAUUUGCAUCACCCAGUCAUGAGUGAAGAAGUAUCUGAUACAGAGACUACAGCUCCUGCUUCAGAGCUCAGGCUGGUGCUGCUGGGGAGAACUGGAUGUGGGAAGAGUGCAGCAGGAAACACCAUCCUGGGUGGAGAGGAGAGGAGCCAGGCUGGAGCUUCUACAGUGAGGCAGCAGAGUGAGAGCAGACAGGGGGAGGUGGCUGGGAGGAAGGUGACUGUGGUGGAAACUCCUGACUGGUUCAGUCCUGAACUCUCUCUGGAGGAACUGAGGCAGGACGUGGAGCACUGUGUCCGUCUGUCUGAUCCAGGACCUCACGCCUUCCUCCUAGUGCUACCAGUGAAUCAGUCUACAGGAGAGGAGAGAGGGAUGCUGGAGAAAAUGGAGGAGAUCUUUGGGGAAAGAUGUUGGAGGAACACCAUGAUUCUUUUCACUGGUACUGAUGAAGUCCCAGAUAACAUAAUUAAAGACCAGGAGGUUCAGGGACUUGCAGAGAAAUGCCAGGAUAGAUUUCACUGUCUCAACAUUAAUGAGAGCAGAGAUGGUUCUCAGGUCUCAGAGCUGCUGGAGAAGGUUGAGGAGAUGGUGGAAGGAAACAAGGAGAAAUUCUACAGCAGUGAGCUCUACCUAGAAGCAGAAUCUCAGAUUAAAGCAGUGGAGAGAAGGAUCAAGAUGGAAAAAGAGGAGAAAAGGCUACAGAUAGAGAAUGAGCUGAAUGCGAAACUAGAGAGUGAAGUUCAGAGGUCUGUGAGAAAAAUAGAAGGAGUGAUCCAGGAACAUGAAGGAGAAAUUAGGCAACUUAAUGUUCGAAUCACUGAACUGGAGCAAAAAAUGAAAGAAGAGAGGGAUGAAGAGGAAAAGAGAAAAACUGAGGGAGAACUGAAAAGAGAGUUAGAGCAAAAGAAAGAGAUGGAGGAAAAGAUCAGGAGACUGAUAGAAUGCAGAGACAGAGAGAGGACUGAGAUGGAGGAGAGACACAAACGAGAGAUGGAGGAGAUCAGGGAGGUGUAUGAAGGAGAAGCCAGAAUAGAGGCAGAAAGAAACCUGAUGAAGGUCAUCCUGCCUGAACUUCAGAGAAACAUCUUUGCCUCAAAGUUGAAGAUGCAGGAAGAGUUCAGCAAGCAGAUCGAGGAAAAAGACAGAGAGCUGGAGAUGUUAAAGCAGAGAGUCCAAGAACUCACACAGCUCAAAGAAAUCCAGCAGAAUGCUCAGCCACAAGCACCUUUAGUAGCAGCUGAAAGACAUACAGGACUAUUCACAAGGCUAUUUCGAUGGCUUCUCGGGAGAUAGGUAGUCUCACACAAGCAGGAUACAUCAGGCACUUUGUUUUGAACUUGUUUUAACCUGUUAAACAAAGCUACACAGAAAGACAUGUACAUUUUGGUUUCUUUUCUCUGCCUUACUCCUUCAUUGUAAUUAGUUUUCCCACCUGUGAGCAGUAUGUUUCUGAUCGUGUCUGAGGUGUUUCUAGUCUAAUCUUGUGUAAAUGUUGUCUAUUUUGUUGUUUCAACUCAAAAGUAAUUUAUUCAUAUAGCAUUUCUCAAAGGCAGAGCCACAACUCAAAAGCUAGAGAGUAAAAGUGGGUCAUGAAGCAUUUUUAAAAGACAAUGUAGAUUUAGAAACACACACUGCAAAAUCACAAUUUUUUUAUUUUACUAGUUAAGGUCCCUGAUAAACAAUGUACACAUGUUCUUACAUUUAGCAAAUCACUGAAUAUAGAUACAGAGUUCAGAUUCACUGCUCUUCAGGUGUAUUUCUGUAGUACAUGUUUGGUCAUGCUUUUGCACCUGAGACUGAGGUAGUGGUUUAGCCAUUCUAAAAUAUAUAAUACACAACGAGACCACUUAAAAAUUAUGAGUUUCUUUGGUUUUACCUAAUUGAAAACCUCUGGAAUAUAAUCAAGAGGAAGAUGAAUGACCACAAGCCAUCAAACCAAGCUGAACUACUUGAUUUUUUGCACCAGGAGUGGCAUUAAAUGUAAUCCAAAAGCAGUGUGUAAGACUGGUGAAGGGAAACAUGCCAAAAUGCAUGAUAACUGUGAUUAAAAACCAGGGUUAUUCCACCAAAUUUUGAUCUCUGAACUCUUAAAACUUUAUGAAUACGAACUUGUUUUCUUUGCAUUAUUUGAGGCCUGAAAGUAAUUAAUUUGUAAUUUUAGCCAUUUCUCUUUUUUUGUGCAAAUAAAUGCUCUAAAUGACAAUAUUUUUAUUUGAAAUUUGGGAGAAAUGUUGUCUGUAUUUUAUAGAAUAAAACAACAAUGUUAAUUUUACUCAAACAUAAACCAAUAAAUAGCAAAAUCAGAGAAACUGAUUCAGAAACUGAAAUGGUUUCUUAAUUUUUUCCAGAGCUGUAUAUUCACAAUUCAAUUCACAUCUUUUAAAAUUGCUUUACUGUUUCAUGAUUUAUCUGCUCACUUCAAUGUUUACACAGAUAGAAUGUAGCAUCUUCUGCUAGUAAUUGAUUAGUCCCUCAGUGAUUACAAAUCAAUCAGACACUUACAGGGCUAAAUAAUCUCCCUCCUUCAUUUUUUAUCUUUUUAUAUAUAAAAAAAAAUCUGUACUGUACUGUAUUUCAUUCCAAAAUAUUUACAUUAUAUUAUAUACAUUUGGUGUCAAUGACAAAUUGUGUAAAUGUUCAAAACUACGAAACUUAAAUUCUAAAAUUAAAAAUAAUAUUAAUGUAUGAAUUAAUAUGAAAUAUAGGCAUAUUCUACAACUACAACAAUACAGAUAAUUGAAAAAGAAACAAUACAAUAACAUAUAAUAAUAUUGUGUAUUCAAUUCUGUGUUUGCUUGUUUCUGAUUUCUUGAUAUUUCAUAUACACCAUCAGUUAGACCAGUAUGCAGAGCUGGUGACAGAGGAUGUGUUUGUUUUGAGUGUCUAAACAGAGAACAUACAUUCUUUAAAUUAAUAUGUUUUGGGGAACUGUCAGCAAAUAUAAACCCUUACUUUUUUUCCUACCUGAACACUUAAAAAAUACUGACAUCAAAAUAAGCUAAAAUAUGAUCAUUAUACAUAUUUAAUUCACUUUGCAUUUAUUGUA